AUGUACUGUGGCACGGUUCCUUGCCUUUGCAGCAGUGCAGCAUGUCAUGGGUGCAGAUGCUCCAUGCAGAUCAAGAACUCUAUUGCAACCCGAAUUAUUUAUGCCUUCCUCUUGCUGUUUGGCACCAUCAUUGCCUGUGUUAUGUUGUCACCGGGGGUUGAGCAGCAACUUGAAAAAAUACCUGGCUUUUGUAAUGCAGGACGAGUGUCCAGUAUCCAUGGAAUGAAGGCUAUUGUUCAGUGUGAGAUUUUCAUAGGUUAUAAGGCAGUGUAUCGGGUGUGUUGCGGCAUGAGUUUGUUCUUCUUCACUUUCUCCCUGCUCAUGAUCAACGUGAAAAGUAACCAAGGUUUCAGAGCUGCAAUCCACAAUGGCUUCUGGUGUUUCAAAAUUGGAGCCAUGGUUGCAAUAACUGUUGGUGCCUUCUACAUUCCAGAGGAGCCUUUCACUCGAACAUGUUUUAUUGUUGGAACUUGCGGGGCUUUUUGCUUUAUCCUAAUCCAGUUGGUUCUUCUCAUUGACUUUGCCCACUCAUGGAAUGAGUCGUGGGUUGAUAAUAUGGAAAAAGAAAAUACAAAAUAUUGGUACAUAGCAUUGUUAUCAGUCACGGUCCUCAACUACGCACUGUCCUUCACAGCUGUAGCUCUAUUCUAUUGCAUCUACACUCAGUCAGAGGGAUGUGUUCUCAACACGUUUUUCAUUACCUUCAAUAUGUUAUUUUGUGUCAUGGCUUCUGCUCUUUCUGUACUGCCCAAAGUUCAGGAGCACCAGCCUAGGUCUGGUCUGCUUCAAUCGUCCAUCAUGACUCUGUAUUCCAUGUACCUUACCUGGUCAGCGAUGACCAAUGAGCCUGAACCCACUUGCAACACAAGCCUGUUCAGGAUCUUCGAGCAGAUUACCUCUGUUACACUUACCUCAGCAGAGGCUGAGAAACAGACUGCUGUUAUCAUUGUAGACACAGAGGAAACUGGACAGUCAGCCCCAUACUUGCAGUGGUGGGAUGCUCAAAGCAUCGUCGGACUGGCCAUUUUCAUUCUCUGCAUUUUAUAUUCCAGUAUACGCUCUUCCAACAUCAGUCAAGUUAAUAAACUAACCCUAGCUUCUAAAGACACCACCACACUAGAAGAAAACAAUACACAAAGUCCUGAGAUGGCAGUGGUCAUGACAAAAAAACAUGCAGAGGACAAUGAAAGGGACACUGUACAAUACAGCUAUGCCUUCUUUCACUUCCUGCUGUUCCUGGCGUCUCUCUACAUCAUGAUGACUCUAACAAACUGGUACAGCCCUGAUGCUGACUACAAUGUGGUAACAAGCAAAUGGCCAGUGGUUUGGGUAAAAAUCUCAUCCAGCUGGGUCUGUCUCACCUUAUACACCUGGUCUCUAGUUGCCCCUAUGAUACUCACCAACAGAGACUUCACAUAG